CAGAAUAUAAAGAGUAUUUAACAAGACACAUAGUGAUAAUUUAUUCUUGUACAGAGGAACUUUCUGUGGUUUUUAUACAUUGGAGCGUGAAGGGUCCUCCGCAAAAAAUGCCUCCCCCUGAUGUUACCAAAACACAUGAAGAUGUCGUGGGUUCCUUAAACAACCCACUAAAGUUCCUGGAUCAAGACUACCAGACAUUGCACCAAAGCCUCCUCUCCAAAAAACAGCAGUUCAUUGAUGAGUCUUUCCCUGCAAAUAGCAGCUCUAUUGGCAAAGGGCUGCUGUCCGAAGAGGAUAUGGCACAAAUCAAAUGGAAAAGACCAUCAGAAAUUGUGUUGAACCGACCAUGUCUAGUUGUGGAUGAAGUGUCCAGAUUUGACUAUGCCCAGGGAUCUAAAUUAGGAGACUGCUGGUUUUUAGCCUCAAUCGGGGCUGUUAGUUCUCAGAAGGAUAUUAUGGACCAAGUCAUUCCAGCUGAACAGUCAUUCAGCAAGGGUUAUGCCGGAAUAUUUCAUUUUAGGUUCUGGCGGUUCGGGAAGUGGAUUGAUGUUGUCAUCGACGACCAACUUCCAACAAUUAACAACAAUCUUAUUUUUCUGAGUUCCAAAAUUAUUACUGAGUUUUGGCCUGCCUUACUGGAGAAAGCGUAUGCAAAAGUAUGCGGAUCUUUUGCUGACUUACAUGGUGGAUGUGUAUCUGAGGCUCUCCUUGACUUCACUGGAGGGGUGCACAUACACUUUGACUUAAAAGUAGCACCUGCUUAUUUGUGGAAUAUGAUGGAAAGUGCAUUCAAGUCAAAAACUCUCAUGGGGUGCAGCACACCUCAAGGGGCAACAUCUCAAAACACAGUGUUACCUAAUGGCAUAGUUGAGGGUCAUGCCUACACAGUGACAGGUGUUUAUCAGGUAACAACUAAAGAUCAGCAAGUUAGACUGGUGAGGAUGUUCAACCCAUGGGGAAUGGGUGAAUGGACAGGGAACUGGAGUGACAUAUCACCUUUGUGGAAGACAGUGAGUGCAAAUGACAGCAAAAACUGCCUUUCUGUGGCUGACAAUGGGGAAUUCUGGAUGUCAAUGGAAGAUUACACCAAAAGCUUUAAAACCAUGGAUAUCUGCUCUACCUCUCCUGAUUUUCUGAAUGGCUCUUCUAAAUGUUCUUGGAGCUCCCAAUACCAUAUCGGCCAAUGGACCGCUGAGACCGCUGGUGGCAUAUGGACCAUCUGGAAAAAUCCUCAGUUUCGUGUAAGGAUUGAGAAGCCCAGUGAGGACUGUGCUGGUGGGGAGUGUCGUGAAAACAUACUGGUGUCUCUCAUGCAGAACCAAGAGAACAGACACAGAAAACAGCUUUCCCACCUGUAUAUAGGAUUCUCUGUUUAUAAGAUACCACCAGAGAUAAAAAAUGAUGGUGGGAAGUAUUCAAGUUCAUUCUUCAGGCGUAGAAGUCCUGUGGCAAAGACUGACACGUUUUCAAAUUUGAGAGAGGUGAUGAAGUUCUUCAGUCUGCAACCCGGAGAGUACCUGAUUGUACCGAGCACAAUAAGUCCGGGUGAAAUGGCGUCCUUUGUCCUAUCUGUUUUCACAAAGCAUCAAUGUAAAAAACGAUUAUAGUUUUCAUAGGAAAGAGAGCAAGAAGAUGUUUUCGGGUUAUCUUUGGUAAAAACGAUUGUUUUAUAUUUAAUGAGGUGAAAACUGUCAAAAUACAGUCCCAGAUGUGUGAUGCAUUUGAUAUGUAAAUACGUAUAAUGUUAGUUCUUAUGUAAGUUGUGUGUUUUCAUUUUGUGAGUUACACCCUGAAGAAAAAAAGGGGCCACAAAAGGCUCUUCACUUAGAACCCAUAAAAGAACCAUUUUGGCUUCCUGAAAGAACCAUACAGUCAAAGGAUUUUAAACGUUCACCCAUUUUGUUCCUUUCUGGAGGAACCAGCUUCCAUUUUAAUGCUAGAACUGCUGUUUGUUAUUUAUGUCUAAACGUCUUUGUAAAAGUUGUUUUUUUUCAUAAUGCAGUCUACGUAAAAAUCUCGUAAAAAAUAUAUUUUUUGGCAGUUGGUGCACCAAUCAUGAAUCAUACAAUUUUAUUUUCCUGUAGAAUGAAUUUGUAAAUUUGCUGUCUUUUUCUGUAAUUUUACAUGACUGUAUUUUCAAAAAUAAACUGUAAAAAACAGAAAUUGCUGGCAGCUGGGGUACCAGAAAUAAAAUAGAAAAUUCCCUGAUUACUGAUAAAAUGACGUUUCCCUGUAUUUCUUGUAAAAAAAUUCUUUAAUUUUAAGGUGUUUUUGACCGAAUUAUAAAUAAAAACUGUAAAAAAGUCCUGUAAAAAGCAAACAUUUUCAUCAGCUGGGCUGCCAGAAAUCAAAAAAGGAAUUCCCUGUAAAAUUACAUGUUUUAUCUGUUUUUCUUGUAAAUAUGCUGUAUUUUGCAUAGUUUUUUUUACCAUAUUUAAAAAAUAAAACAUGAGAAA